UUCUUUUGAUGAACACCCGAAGAAGCACAUGUUGAUCUCUGUUAUUCAUUACAAUUGCAGCACCUUUUCUUAAUGGCGGAUGUUGUGGGCCCACUCCUUGAAAUAGUAAAUUGUUUUGCCACUCCAACAUGCAACUAUGUAAAUCAUUACAAGAAUUUUGAUGAAGAUGUGAAUAAGUUGAGAGCUAAAUUGGAAGAUCUAAAUAGACGAAAAAGUGAUAUAGAAUCCACAAUACAAGCAGAGGCUCGUGCGGGAGAAAUGGUGAAAGAAGAAGUGCAAGGCUGGAUCCAACGUGCACAAACCAUCAAUGAUGAAGUUCAAGCUAUUUUAGACAAGGCACAGAGAGUUAAAUGGUACAGAAAAGCUUGUCUUGGGAAACAUGUUCGUAGAAAAUUUGAUGAGGUAAAAGAAAUCCAUGAACAAGGUAGUUUUACAGGAGGCCUUGUAAUUGCUAGACCACCAGCUCCUGGAAGCAUAAUUCCAACAGAGAAUCUAGAGGGUGAAAUUUCUACUAAAGAAAGAAUUUGGGAGUACUUGAUGGGUGAUGAGGUUAGAACGAUUGGUGUUUGUGGGAUUGGUGGAGUUGGUAAGACUACAAUCAUGAAGCAUGUUAACAAUGAUUUGUUGAGGGAGAAUAGAUUUCAAAAAGUGAUUUGGGUUACUGUAUCAUACCCUUUCAAUGUUUUUGAAGUACAAAAGAAGAUUGCUGAUGCUAUGGAUGUGAAACUCCGAGAAGAUGAGGAACAGAUGAGGCGGGUAGCAAAACUAAUGGAGAUAAUGGGAAGAGUGAGAUUUGUGCUAAUAUUAGAUGAUGUAUGGGACAAUUUUUCUUUCAAUGAUGUUGGAAUCCCAGAACCAACACCCCAAAAUGGGUGCAAAGUAGUUAUCACCAGUAGAUCAGCUCAAGUUGGACAUGAUGUUUUACAAGUUGCAGGAUUGGAAGAAAUUUUGAAGCUUAUUGUGGAGGAGUGCGCCGGUUUACCACUAGCAAUUGUUGUAAUAGCAGGGGGCAUGAAGGGAGAAGGUGAACCUAAUAUUGUAGAGUGGAGAAAUGCACUAAAUGAUUUACGCCAACGCGUAAAAAGUGUGAAUGAUAUGGAGGAAAAGAUAUUUGGGCGAGAAGAGUUGAUAGAAGGUUGGAUUGAUGAAGGACUGAUUCAUGAGUCAGAAAAAAGACAAGAUGCUUAUGAUAGAGCUGAUGUUUUCUUGAAUAGGCUUGAAAAAAACUGCUUGUUAGAGAAAACUGUCAACAGGGCUGUUAAUAUUUUUAAGAUGCAUGAUGUAGUGAGAGACAUGGCUAUCAAAAGCAUUGGUUCUGGAGUUGGAUAUAUGGUCAAAGCUGGUAGGAAAUUGACAGAGGUGCCAAAUGAGCAAGAGUGGUGGGCAAUUGAUCUUAACAAGGUAUCUCUAAUGGCCAAUUACAUUUCAGAAAUUCCUAUUAGUUUGACUCCAAAGUGUCCAACCUUGUCAACUUUGAUAUUAUCAGACAAUCCUUUGACAAAGAUUCCAGAAUCCCUUUUUGAAGAUAUGACUGGACUCAAGGUUCUUGAUCUUUCUAGAACCAAUAUUGAAGCUUUACCUAGUUCCAUGUCUAAGUUAGAGUAUCUCUCUGCAUUGCGGUUGAGGGGGUGCGAGAGGUUAAAGUGCUUGCCUUCCUUAGAGAAGAUUGUGGAAUUGAAGAAGUUAGAUCUGAGAUGGGCAGCAAUUGAGGUGGUCCCUCAAGGCAUGGAGAUGUUGGUAAGUCUUGAAUAUCUUGAUUUAUUUUGUAAAGAUUUGAAAGAGAUUCCAACAGGAAUAUUAUCUAAAUUAUCUAGUCUCCAGUAUUUGGUGGCAAAAGGUGAUUGGGGAAGAACCAGUCUAAAGAUAAAUUUAGAAGAGGUUGCUAGAUUGAGCAAGUUGGAGAUUUUAGAAUGUAAUUUUGAUGACAUGCAAGACUUCAAUUAUCUUCUGAGUGAGUUCAAAAAUUUCCAGAGUUUUAUUGCUUACAAGCUUCUAGUGGGAACAAAAAUGAACUAUACUAUUGAUAUUGAUGAGCCUAAAUAUAAAUGUAGACUUACAAUUAGUGGGUGUGACAUUGGAGAAGAACGCAUAGUGCUUCCAGAUAACCUUCAGCUUUUGCAGAUCCAUAACUGUAAAAACAUGAGAAGUAGCUUAAACAAAACAGCUUUGUUAGAAAAUGCAUCCGAGUUGGGUCUUUGUAUUAUUAGUGAUUGUGAAGAGAUAGAGUACGUGGUUAACUUAGACUCAUCCUCCUCCUCAUCAUGUAGCUCAUUACUCAACAAGCUUGAAGAUCUGUAUCUUUGGGAUUUGCCUAGGCUGUGGGUACUCAUGAGAGUGGAAGGAGUAGCAACACCGCCAUGCUUCUUUUCCAAUUUGAAGACACUUGAAAUAGAUGGAUGUUCAGGAAUGAAGCAGUUCCUUGCACUUGAGCUACUGCAGGCCCUCCAAAACUUAGAGGUGAUUUGGGUUAUUGGUUGUGAACAAAUGGAGGAGAUAAUAGCCUCAGCAAAUUUAAAUGCAUCAUCAUCAGAUAAAUUCACUUUCACUUUUCCCAAGUUAAGGGAUUUUCAUUUGUCAAACUUACCCCAAUUGAAGAGCAUCUGCAGUGCCAAUGGAAUCAUGGUUUGUGAUUCUAUUGAACGAAUUUGGAUAACGAAAUGUCCUGAGUUAAAGAGAAUCCCUGUGCAGCUUCCCCUGCUUAAUAAUGGCCAACCAUCUCCUCCUCCUCAUCUCUCAAACAUCACGAUAGAUAGACGUUCAAAAGAAUGGUGGGAAUCAGUGGUGGAGUGGGAUUAUCCUAACGCUAAGAACAUACUCCAACCUUUCUUGGAAUUAGUUGAUUAUUGAAUGGAUCUUUUAUCAAGCAAAGGCAACUUCUCUUGGUGGAGCAGCAAAGCAAAAGAAAAAUGAGACUUAGUCAGGGCCAAUACUCCUUGAUUUGAUUGAAAAUAAUCUUGUUUUUGUUUCAAUUUAUGUGUCUUUUAUUUAUUGGAUGGACUUGGUUUAGUGCUGUUUUUAUCUGGUAAUUUGUUUUGUGUUGUAAUUAAGUUGUCAAGCAUGUUGUGUUAAUUGGAUUUCUACUCUAUUAUCAAUUUGAAAUGUAAUUUUUGUAAUACCUUCCGUGUUUGAUAUAUUGUUAUAAUUUCAAAUUCCCUUGCUUUGCUGACUUAAGCAUUGAAUUAGAGAACACUUUGGCAGCCCUUCAUUGCCGGCCUUGUUCCACUUUUG